CACAACUCAAUCUGUGUGGAAUGCAUACACAGAGGCUGUUUGGAAUUAUACCACCAACAUCACCGAGCAUAACCGCCAACAGAUGUUGAAAAAGAGCUUCCUGACAGCUCAGCAUACAUUGUAUUAUGGCACAAAGGCUCGUCACUUCAACACCACCAACUUUACAAGCCCACUACUGAAGCGCAUGCUGUGGAAGCUGAAGGAAAUGGAGAGGGCUAGUCUACCAGAGAAUGACCUUAAGGAGUACAAUGAACUUUUAACAAAUAUGGAAACCAUCUACAAUGCGGCUGAUGUGUGCUUAGAAAAGGGACCUUGCAUUCCCCUAGAACCUGACCUUUCAGAGGUAAUGGCUUCCUCCCGAGACUAUGAUGAACUGCUCUGGGCAUGGCAAGGUUGGCGGGAUACUGUGGGCCAGCAGCUCCGUCCCAUCUACAGUCGGUAUGUGGAGCUCAGCAACAAGGCUGCUAGGCUUAAUGGUCACACGGACACAGGGGAUUCAUGGAGAGCAGUAUAUGAGUCACCAACCUUGGAGAAAGACCUUGAGCAGCUCUACUAUGAAAUGAAGCCACUCUAUCUAAAUCUACAUGCUUAUGUGCGCCGAGCUCUUUACCACUACUAUGGAUCUGAGCAUAUUAACCUAAAGGGGCCUAUUCCUGCCCAUUUAUUGGGGAACAUGUGGGCUCAGUCGUGGACCAACAUCAUUGACCUAGUCAUACCCUUUCCUUCAUCCACAAAAAUGGAUGCCACCAUGGCCAUGAAGAGUCAGCGUUGGACACCCAUUAAGAUGUUUGAAGAGGCUGACAAAUUCUUCCAGUCUCUGGGGAUGCUCCCUGUUCUCCCAGAAUUCUGGGUCAAAUCAAUGCUGGAGAAGCCAUUGGAUGGAAGAAAAGUAUCAUGUCAAAUCUCUUCCUGGGACUUCUACAAUGGCAAGGACUUCAGGAUAAAGCAAUGCACCAAGGUGGACAUGAAAGAUCUCUUGUCCGUCUUCCAUGAGAUGGGCCAUAUCCAAUAUUUCAUGCAGUACAAGGAUCUGCCUGUGGUAUUCCGAGAGGGUGCCAACCCAGGCUUCCAUGAGGCCAUGGGGGAUGUGGUGGCCCUCUCUGUUUCCACCCCCAGCUACCUUCACAACUCAGAGCUGCUGAUCACUCAAAUAGAGGACUAUGAAAGUGAGAUCAACUUCCUUAUGAACAUAGCACUGGAAAAGGUUGCCUUUAUUCCCUUCAGCUACUUGGUGGACCAGUUUCGAUGGAAGGUCUUUGAUGGCCGAAUCAGCAAGGAAGAUUACAAUCGGGAAUGGUGGAACUUGAGGUUAAAAUAUCAGGGAAUAUGCCCACCACUGCCAAGAUCAGAGGAAGACUUUGAUGCAGGUUCUAAGUUCCACAUUCCUGGCAAUGUGCCUUAUAUCAGGUACUUUAUCAGUUCUGUGAUCCAGUUCCAAUUUCAUGAGGCCCUGUGCAAAGUCUCAGAUUUCACAGGACCCCUGCACAAAUGUAACAUCUACAAUUCUCAAGAGGCAGGAAAACUCCUAGGGUGA